AUGAAGACGAAAGGACAACGCGCCUUGAUGCAGUGCAGGGCGAGCGUAUCGAGCCGAUAUUCACUGAUUCCGCACGCCACCGCCAAGCGGAUGAUGGUGUACGGUGGUGGUGGUGGUGGAAGUGUUGGUGGUUCAACACACCGCUGUCAGCAGUCAGCCCCACCGAGGAUGCUGGGGAAGGCGGCGGGCGAAGGGUUUAAUGUGGAUUCCGGGUUCGAAACGUCUGACUUCGAUUUUACCGACUUUGCCGAGGAGAUGCUGCCGACGCGCGACUUCAUUCAACCGUUUUCGCUCGACCAGGACGGUCUCGUCGGAGAUGGUCGAGGCAUUCCGUUUCGAACCGGCGCGGCCGACAGACGUUGCUCCGGGCUGAGCGCACGCAGAAUGUCCGACUGUCCGCGACGUAUGCUGAACCUGCUGCAUGGCGCCAAAAAUCGUCGGAAGAGUCGCAUAUCGUUUGAUUUUUCCAACGAUCUACAUCAGGCGGAAAAGUCGGUGCAAACGUCCCCCAUCAAGCAUCCAAACAAGAACUGGCGGUUCGAAGAUGCCCGGAAGGCGAUACUGGUCGAGAUGGAAGCGGUCGGGCAGCUGCGGAAGCCGCACGUGCUGCUGUUACGCUUCCCGGAUCCCCAUCUCAGCAAGGAAGUCGUCCAAGGCUUCUCGGCCAGCAUCGAGAAUGUGAUUUUCCAUCGGCCAGCAACACCAAGGUACUGUGUGGUGCAUUUGAAGCCGGAAGCGGACGUGGACAGCGUCAUGAAGCACAUUGCACGGAUCCCUUUCGGUGCGGGAAAAAUCAUGGUCGAACGGAAGACACGCAACGCCGAUCAGAAGCCCGUGGUACAGCCCGAGGACAUCGAUCCGUACACGCUGUUCAUUGGCAACCUGCCCAAUGUGGUGACGGUACAGACGGUGAAGCAAAUGUUUCCCGCUGCCAAACGCAUCGAUAUUGGUCACGCGCAGCGCAUCAAGCACACCCGGUACGCCUUCAUACGGUUCACGAACGUGGAGGAAGCGAUCCUGGCGUUCAAAGCCAAUCACAACAAGGUCAUUGACGGGAAAAACAUCAUCAUACGGUUCCGGCGCCACAACGCACCGAUCGCGUUGCCCGAGGACACGACCACACCGAAAACGCCCAAGCGCCAAAAACCGGGCCAACAGCAGCAGCAGCUGGUCGUGUCGGUGGAGCAGCGCCCGCGGCGCCUCACCCUCGUACCGCCCGGUGCGGCACCGGGCCACUCCGGUACGCUCAGCACGAUCAAGACGGAGAUACUGGACGAGGACGAACCGGAUGGGCCACCGGUCGGGAAAACCGUGAAGCGGUACGAAGGUGCCGGCGGUCCGCUGUGUGUCAUCAAGUCCGAACCGGACGACACGGACAUCGAGGACAGCCUGGAAGAGGAGGAGGACGUCGACAACAUACGGGACUUUUUGGAGGAGCAGGAAGCGGCGGAAGGGCUGAAUUUGGACGAAAUCAAUCCGGACGAAAACUACUGCGAAGAUGACGAUACGGACAUCGACAGCUUCGGCAAGAACUACUGGACGCUGGAGCAACUGCGCAGGAAUGGGGCGGCGGCCGCUGCUGGUGAUAAUGGAUCCGGCUCGGUGAAGAACGAGGAACAGGACCUGGAAUCGGCCACCAAAACGACCUCCACCAUGCUGAUUAAACGCAAGGAGCACAAACCACCGACAACGGUCAUCAAAACGAAGCGUCGCGAUGAUCAGCUUAACGAUCUGUUCAGCUGCCUCGAGCCGGACGACGAUCUUUCGUUAUGA